CUCAUGUAAUUAAUAAAAGAAUGAACUGAAUUAGCACAGUUAUACACACACACACACACCAUUACUGUUGUUAUAAAAGCAGCCCUCACGUGUGAGGAAAAAAUGUUAAAUAUUGCUUCAAAGGAGGAGCUGUUGCUUUAAAGAGAAAUAUUUGCCUAGAGAAGGAGUCUUGGCCCUCCCUCUGCCGGAGUACAGUGACAGUGACAUCACAGGCUGCUGGUAAAGCCAGAUCACUAGUGCUAUGUGUGUGUAUCCUCCUUUCCAGCUGUCACAUAUAGAAGGUGCGGGUGAAGCCAGAGUGCAGUGUCUUAUCUUUUAUGUGAGCUGACUUUCCAACCUUUAGGAUCAUUCCCUGAACUCUUUAGCCUUUGCCUUCCACUGUCCUUAAUAGAAGACAAACAGAAACAGUAUUUGGAGCUGAUUGUAAUUAUCUACUACUUACACUCUUUUAUGCCUGCCUGAGACUGUUUAACCGAAAUCCUUUGGAUUUUAGCAUAACCACAGACGCUGCAUGUGGACCUGCACCCACUGCUGGGGUUCUCUGGGUAGAAAAGAUCUGAUGAGACACUGUGUUUUUUGGGCUUCUUCGUAGGAUUAUUUUUAGCCACUGCUCUGUUAACAGAAUGCUCCAGCUACCUAGGAUCUCACUCUGCUCUUACUGUCUGCUGAAGCAGAGAAACUGAGUGCUUUCUGUACUUUGUUUCACAAUGAGCCAGAGCAAGGCAGUCUCCCAAUGAAAAUACACAUGCAAAGUAGAUUUACAAGGUACAACACUGGAUUGUUGCAUUCCCUAACUUUCUGAGAAGAUGGGAUUUCAUUCCAAAACAGGAUUUAAAUGGUAUUUUAAAUUGCUUUGGUCAAACCGUGACACCUCUGUGACACCGAUCAACGAGAAGAUUCAUUUUAGCGCAAGUUUGGGGUCUCCCCAGUGCUGAGAGUGGAGAUGAGUUUGCCUACAAACUGUGGGUUUCUGGCUCUGACAGACUGCAGUGGGAGAAGAUUUUGUAAUGGGAAUAUAUAUGGGUCACCUUGUGCAGUCAACCGACCUAUCGAUAUUGUGCAGAGGAGGAGACGCUUUGAUGUGGAGAAUGGCCUUUCCUCAGGCAGAAGCCCUCUUGAGUCCCAGGCCAGCCCCGGGUCGGGACUGGUACUGCAGGGAAACUUUCCACACAGCCAGAGACGGGAAUCCUUCCUGUACCGCUCAGACAGUGACUAUGACCUAUCACCCAAAGCUAUGUCUAGAAACUCAUCUAUUGCCAGUGAUCUACAUGGAGAAGACAUGAUAGUAACUCCCUUUGCACAGGUUCUGGCAAGUCUAAGAACUGUGCGGAGCAACUUUGCAAUGCUCACCCACUUACAGGAUCGAGUAUCCAACAAGAGAUCAUCUGGCAGCAAUCAGCCAUCAGCCUGUAAACCAAACCUGUCUGAGGAUGCAGUUCAAAAAUUGGCCAUCGAGACUCUGGAAGAGUUGGACUGGUGUCUGGAUCAACUGGAGACUCUGCAGACCAGGCACUCAGUCUCUGAGAUGGCCUCAAAUAAGUUCAAAAGGAUGCUGAAUAGAGAGCUGACACACUUAUCAGAAACCAGCCGCUCAGGAAACCAAGUGUCGGAAUAUAUAUCCAGUACUUUUCUAGACAAGCAACAUGAAGUGGAAAUUCCCACCCCAGUCUCAAAAGAGAAGGAUAAGAAGAAGCGUCCCAUGUCCCAAAUUAGUGGUGUCAAGAAGCUGACACACAGUUCUAGUUUCAGCAACUGCAGUAUCCCACGCUUUGGAGUAAAGACUGAACAGGAAGUACCCCUUGCAAAGGAAGUAGAAAAUAUCAAUAAGUGGGGACUGGAUAUUUUCAAGGUAGCAGAAUAUUCUGGAAACAGGCCUCUGACAGUUAUCAUGUAUUCAAUAUUCCAGGAAAGAGAUCUCCUAAAAACUUUCCACAUUCCUGUGGACACAUUUAUUACAUACAUGAUGACUCUGGAGGAUCACUACCACUCUGAUGUGGCUUAUCAUAACAACAUUCAUGCCGCAGAUGUAGCACAAUCUACCCAUGUCCUGCUCUCCACCCCUGCUCUUGAGGCUGUAUUCACAGACUUGGAAAUAAUGGCUGCCAUUUUUGCAAGUGCAAUUCAUGAUGUAGAUCACCCAGGAGUGUCUAAUCAGUUCUUAAUUAAUACCAAUUCAGAGCUGGCAUUGAUGUACAACGAUGCUUCUGUCUUAGAAAAUCACCACCUUGCAGUAGGUUUUAAACUGCUUCAGGAAGAAAACUGUGAUAUCUUUCAGAACCUAACCAAGAAACAGCGCCAAACACUGAGAAAAAUGGUUAUUGACAUGGUACUGGCUACAGAUAUGUCCAAACACAUGAACCUCUUAGCAGAUCUUAAAACCAUGGUGGAAACUAAGAAGGUGACUAGCCUGGGAGUCCUGUUGCUAGAUAAUUACUCUGAUCGCAUACAGGUCUUACAGAAUAUGGUGCAUUGUGCAGACCUUAGCAAUCCCACCAAACCCCUGGAGAUCUAUCGCCAGUGGACAGAUCGGAUCAUUGUGGAAUUCUUCCACCAGGGAGAUCGGGAAAGGGAAAAGGGAAUGGAGAUCAGCCCCAUGUGUGACAAGCACAAUGCUUCUGUUGAAAAAUCCCAGGUGGGUUUUAUUGACUACAUUGUGCAUCCCCUGUGGGAGACCUGGGCAGACCUUGUACACCCUGAUGCUCAAGAGAUUUUAGAUACACUGGAGGAUAAUCGUGAGUGGUAUCAAAGCAUGAUUCCCCAAAGCCCAUCGCCUCCGCCUGAAGAGCAGGACCCAGACAGAGGUAAUGCGGCAGGGGACAAAUUCCAGUUUGAGUUAACCCUGGAGGAGGAAGGGGAGUCAGAUACAGAACAGGAGGACACUGAAAGCCCUAUAGAUGAGGAAAACAGUGACUCCAAAAUACAUGCCACAGAUGAUUCUGCCCAGGCGAGUGAUGAGGCUGAGCAGUCAUCACCAGUUGAUUUGUGCAUGACUGUUUCUAGCAAGCUGGAUCACUUGGAGAUCCCACCGAAGAGCACUCUUACCAAGCAGAAAAAAAUCUUAAACUUUGAUAAUCUGAAACUUGCUGGGGAAAGGACGAUACAACAAAAAGAAGUGUCCAGCAGCCAUGCUACCCCUGCAAACUCAGCCAGGCAGGAGGGUACUGGGCAAGCAGAAAUCUGUUUGGACCAAGAAGGAAACAUCACAUAUCUUCCGUUAGGAACGUAAUGCCAAAUGGUCACUCCGUUUAUAUUUUAUUUUUACUUAGUCACGCACACUUUACAUUUUAUUUUAUUUUUCGGGGAGAAAGGUUGGACUUUUUUUUUAAGAAAAAGAAAAAGUUACAAAACAAAAAGUGUGAACAAGGUCGCCUGUUGUUCAGUGAUGCAUGGGAAGAGGAUGGUGAUUUUCAGUAGGUUUUGAUUAGAGCAUUCUGGCAAGGUGGAACUUUUUGUGCCAAAAAGACUCCAUAAUCAGGAUUCAUUUUGUGCUCUCUGUGUGGUACAAAAGUCUCCAAGGUUCUAAUGCACCAAUGCGGGUGACACUAAAUAUUCUGUUGAAAACUGGAUGCCAGAUACCUUCAUCAAGUUUUACAAAUUGUGUGAUUGUAGCUGAUUUCCUUUGCCAUUUAUUACCUCUCAGGUCAGGGUGUGUAUAUUUCUAUUCACAGUCCCUUCUAAAAAACGCAAGGUUUCUUGUCUUUAUCUCAUAAUAUGUUAUUGAUCAAGAUUAUUUAACUGCAGCCUUCUGACACUUAUUUACCCAUGCAGCCAUCUCUGCACUCCCAGGAGACAGAAACUUGUCCUAGGGAAUGGUGACCUUCUGCAGAACCCAGAAAGUUAUCUGUUUUAUCUCAGUGCCAGCUUUAGUACCCAUUGCAUGAUAUUAAAAGGUUGAGAGAGGCUAACUUUCUUUGGGAUUUGGUAAAACUGCAUAUUAUUGCAUUGCUUUUAACCAUUCUUAACAAUGGAAUAUUUACCCUGCUGCACUCCAGAAUUACUGGCUGAAUAUCACCUCCAUUAGUUUAGGGUCUUCACUCUAACCACUCUGCCUUGGGCCCCUGUAAUCUGACUGCAGGAAUGGUGCUAUUGCUAAUUGGGUGCAGAACCAACUAAAUUAAGUGGAAGGCAUUGUUACUGUAGCUCAAAUUGUGCUUGUGGCUGGCCUGGCAGUUUUUUAGUGCAUCUUAAAAUAGGCAAGUCUGUCUACAUUUCCAAUUUGAGAUACAGCAUGGUCAUUAGGUACAACCAGCAUAUAUAUAUUGCAUUUUCUGUCAGCACCAGGUAGUGUAGGGUCACAGUCCAUACCCCACUUACACGAAGAUGAUAUUAAUGGAUGCCAGAUGCUACUUCUUACCACAUAAGUGUGCAUACAAAGCUUAAGCAUUAUUUGCUUGUUAUUCUUGGUAGUUGGAUAUUUGAGAAACAUAAGGUAACUCAUGAAAUAUACCACGAGUGGGCAUUCAUGCAUAGACACUAUGAGAGUGAAAUGACCAGAACACUGAUAAUAUGGUUUUGGUUUCCAUGCAGCUGCACCUAUACAGCUUUGGUGUCUGAUAUUUGUGAACAGUGUAUAAAAAUAUGUUAACAUAUAUAUUUUAUGAGAAUACUUGGAGCUUUUGCACACAGAGCACACAGAUGUCCAGACUCCCCUGCAUUUAUAUUGCAUCACGUGGGCAAAUGCCUUUUAUUUUUCCAUGAUUAAAAGCUCACUUGAAUAGGCAGAGGAACUAGAGUUUUCUUUGCUUGCAACACAUUUGUGAGGCAGCUGGAAUGCUCUCAAUAGCUCAGGGCAUGGUGGAAUGAUUGUAUGUAUGUAUGUACUGACAGAUUCAUGUGUAGCAGUCAACUGGAAGGUGUUCAUACUUUUUUAACCCAAAUGUCCCACAGAGCACACUGGACAGUUUUACAUUUUUAAAUACCUGUCACACAGUCUUCAGAAUCCUGGAAAAAAAAACAAAAUAAAAGUGAAUACAUCUGAACAAAUAUUUUAUUUAAACAAGGGAAGGUCAUAUGUAUCAUUUAUAAAAGCUAUUUCAUUUUUCAGGUAUAUAGAGUAUAUUAACAUAUACAGAGCUUUCCCUUUCAACUCCUAUAGCUUCCUUUAGCGGUCAAGUCUCAAUGCAUUUGUUGCUGUCCUUGUUAAGGCAGGUAACCCUUGCACAUGGGUAUAGCAUUAAACAGUGAGCAUAAUAUUGUAUUACUUUCUUCCACAGAAACUGCAAAGUAGGCCUGUUUAUUAAGGAUUAUAGUUAAUUAAGGCUUGAAGUACAAUGGAAUGACAGCUGAAGUAGCUGGGGAUAUUCCAGAUGACACAAAGCUAAUGGGAGAAGCCCAUGAUUUGAUCCAUAGCCCAGGAUACACAAACAUGCAAAGCAGUGUACUGGGUAGUAAUCCAGGUCUUUUUCUGCUGCAACAUUUCUAUGGAGGUCUGCCAUAAAUAUAAUGGGUAUAUUUACAAUGCCCACGCAUUGUGCAAAGUGCAAAAAAGGCCACCCCUAACUUGCACAUCAUUUGCACGUGCAAGUUAGGGAGCAAAAGAAGGCACCCCUUAGUGCUCUUGCACUUGUGCCCUCCGACUUCUUAUGUGCCAUAACCCUUAACCUCUUUUGUAAAUGAGCACUAAGUUUGGAUGGUACCAACCAGUGUCGUAACUACCUAUACAGCAAUAUGUAAUAGCUGUACGUAGUUGUACUGUACUGGGCUGACAAUGGGUCCUUUUAUAUGACCGCAUACACCAAGAAAUAUUCAAUACAAAAAAUACAAUAACAAAAAAAAAGUACUCCUGAACCCAGAUAUCAAUUGCAGAACAAAAUGCAUUCAUUGGUUCAUUUCCCUUCUGAAUAAAGGGUAAGCUGCUACAGUGUUUUUAGCCAUGGCAGGAUUUUGAAGAAAAAAAAAAGCACUAAGACAUACAAUUUUGGGUUAAAAAGUAGGAAUACUUCUUCAGCUUUUAAAAAAAUAAAGUUCCAUUUAAUUUAUUCUGCUAAAGUUUCACUUUAUUUUAGUGUAUUUGUAGUUCACUUUUGAACAAAGCCACAAUUCUGUGCACACGUCUCCAAUAUGAUCUUACUGUGAUUAGCACUCAAAAUGCUGCAUUAUUAUAACCUUGCACUUUUCAGCAACACCAGUAGAAUAAUGCCACUCUGGCAGUAAUAUUGGGCUGGCUUUAGGUCACUGGUGUUGGGGGCAUCUUUACUAUGGCAGUAGUCAGAUACUUUACACACAGAGUAAAAGGAGGCCUGGGUUGUUAUAAACAUCCCGUAGCUGCUGUGUGUAGGGGUCCCUGGGACUUUCUGCUGAGAGACCUUGUUACAUGGAAACUAUCACUUUCCUUGUCUCACACAAAGACAAGUGUUAUGGUCUCUGUUAAUGUGUUUGCACCUGCUUUAUAUAACCUAAUAAGAUGCCUCUAACACCUAAAUUCCAUAGCUGUAGGCUAAUGUCACAUUGGAAGAAACACUCAUGUGCUGCCAUUCACUUACAAGUGGUGGAUUUCUGCCUGAAAACAUGCAACUGUGCAUCAUAGGGCUGAAAUCUCCCCUUGUGGGCACUGAAAGAUGGAUGCCAUGCCUGCCAAUGCUGCAGGGCAGAUGGUGCAGAUUGAUAUAUGACAUUAGCCUUAACUGCACUAAGAAGGGGUUCACACAUGUACAUUAUAGGUUAAUGCUCAGCACAGACUGUAUGCAAUAACCUAUAAAAUGAAAGUGAAUAAAUGGGUUUUAGAAGAUGAACUCCAUGUCAUUUAUUAUUACUGCAAUAGUGAACCAUUAUUGUACAUUAAUGUGUGUAAGGCCCUCAUUUAUUAAAGUCUGCUAAAGUUUCAACUUUUCAAGUGAGAACUAAGGAGUCAAUAACUUUAGAAGGCUGUGAUAAAGCUAGGCCUCAGUCUCUUGCGGAGAUGCCACAAACCAUGUUUGUUUUAUUAUUUUUCUUAAUAAAAAUACUUUAUCUUUUUGC